UACUCAUUGAUCAUUAUCGUCAUCAACAACACAAACCAAUCAUCAAUAGAAUUAAGAGAUCGAUGAUGAUGAGAAAGCUGGUUUUGGGAUUGGGUUUGGUUUUGAGUACGUGGGUUUGGUUGAGUGGAAUAGGGGUGUCACAGAUCAUCACUAAUCCACCACAGCAACAAGUGCCAUGUUUCUUCAUAUUUGGAGAUUCUUUGGUGGACAAUGGCAAUAACAAUGGCAUUAUCACUCUUGCGAGGGCUAAUUAUCGUCCUUAUGGCGUUGACUUCCCUCUCGGUCCCACUGGUCGCUUCACCAAUGGUCGAACUUUUGUUGAUGCCUUAGCUCAGCUAAUGGGUUUUCCAAAUUACAUUCCACCAUAUUCAAGAACAAGGGGACCUGCACUAUUAAGAGGGGCUAAUUAUGCUUCUGGAGCAGCUGGCAUCAGAGAUGAAACUGGCUCUAACCUGGGUGCUCAUACAUCAAUGAAUGAGCAAGUGGCAAAUUUUGCCAGCACAGUGGAAGAGCUGAUUAGGUUUUUCAGAGGAGAUAACGCUUCACUGAAUAGCUACCUAAGCAAAUGUAUAUUCUUUUCUGGAAUGGGAAGCAACGAUUACCUUAACAACUACUUCAUGCCUGACUUCUAUAGAACUAGUUCUGAUUAUACUGCCAGGGCUUUUGCCACUCUUCUCCUUCAAGACUACUCUCGCCAGCUAACUCAAUUGUAUUUGCUGGGAGCUCGAAAGGUGAUAGUGACAGGAGUAGGGCAGAUAGGGUGCAUUCCAUAUCAGCUAGCUCGUUUCCAAAGCAACAACACCGAGACCAGAUGCAACGAAAAGAUCAACAACGUCAUCUCCUUCUUCAACUCCGGCCUUCGCAGCUUGGUUCAAACUUUCAAUAAUGGCCAGCUUCCUGGAUCCAAGUUUGUCUUCUUGGAUUUCUACCAAACCAGUCAAGAUUUGUCUCUCAAUGGAUCAUCAUAUGGAUUUGAAGUGACAGACAAGGGAUGCUGUGGAGUGGGGAGAAACAAUGGACAAAUUACAUGUCUUCCACUGCAAGAACCUUGUGAAGAUAGAGGAAAGUACUUGUUCUGGGAUGCUUUUCAUCCUACUGAGGUUGCCAAUAUUUUACUAGCUAAGAUUUGUUACUCUUCUCGAUCAUCUUACACUUAUCCCAUAAACAUUCAACAAUUGGCCUUGUUGUAACUAACUAAUAAUCAACAUCACCAGUAUUGCAGCUGAUUCAGUUUUUUAAUUAAUAAUGUUGUGUCUGUCAUGUUUAUGUAGUUGUAAUUCUCUGAUUUCAUCAAUUAAUUUGUAUGAAUGCUUCGAUUGUUCAAGAAUGAUAAUAAGAAUGCAAUGAGAAUAUGUCUAUAUUUGCUUCUC